CACUGUUGGGGUAAAAAAACAAACCCCAGCAUAAACAAACUGACAGUUAUUCCUUCAACUUCAGCGAGGGUUUUCUUUUACUCUCACUUCCGGUCCUUUCCCCCGCGAGCAACUGACAUUUGACCGCGUGCGCUGUUGUUUGAACCCUCGAGACCGCGGUGUUGCUGAAUGUGACACGGAGCAGGUCGUUGUGAGCGUUGACAGAGAAUUGUUUGGACCUCCUGCUGCUCCUGCUCCUGCUCCUCCUGCUCCUCCUGCUGCUGCUCCUGCUGCUGCUUUGAGGGGAAACCAUGUCUGACUUCAUCCUGGUGCUGCUCAUAGUCUUCCUCCUCCUGUGUUUGGUGGCGACGGUGGGGGGUGCCCUACUGUUCUCGGGGCUCCUGUCAGACGUGGUCGUGAAGACGGGGCCACCUCCAAUCAGGAACGUCACCAUCGCUUAUAAGUUCAAAGAGGGGCCAUACAAAGACUGCGGGCCAGCCUACACAGAGAGCUGCAGCAUCGGGCCAAAGCUGAGCUCCAUCGGCGUCUUCUACGAUGACCCCAAGCAGAGGCCACCAGAGAAAUGCCGCUACUUGGUGGGCAGUGUCCUGUGCGCGGGCGAGGAGAAGCCCGACGAAGAGCUGCAGAGGAUGUACGAGGAGUUCGGCUUCAAGGUGUUUUUGCUGCCAGAAGUGAGCCACGCCGUGACCACCAGCUUCCCCUGCACUACACCUCUGUCCCACGUGCUGGCACCUUACAGAGUCUACCCGAGGCUGGCUUCUUAUAUUGAGGAGAGGAAGCUCUGUGCGUUCCCAUUUAUUGAAAUCUACAGCGACGAUGUUAUCAACUAUAUGGUGCCGCUGUCCCGCCAGACGGACUUUUUUGUUCCGGAGAUGAAGGAGGAGGUCAAAACAGACGUGAAAGAAGAGGACUCUGACGAGGACAGAGGAACUGACAUAACAGGUGCAGAUUCCCACAGUGACGUGAGCUCGGUGAGUGGCGGCGUACCGUGGGACAGCAGAGAGACUUCCCUGGCCGCGUCCACAGCCGCCUCCCUGGCCUCCUCUCUGCCUCUGAGGGACGUCAUGGACGCAAACGAAGACGUCAGGCACAGGGACCACAGUGACAGAGACUCCAACGAGUCCGUGGGCAGCGGCUCGUCUUUUGAAGAACUUGACAUGGACCAGGACGAGCAGGGGGUGCAGGGGGGGGUGCAGGGGGUGGAAGAAGAGAGGGAGGUCAGGGAGGACGGGCAGGAGCGGGCGACCCCCGAGGGCGAAGAUGGAGCUGAAGAAGCAGUUGAACUGAUGGCUGAAAGAGACGAGUCCAUGGGGGAUGGAGAGGAGUAAGGGGAGGAGGCCCGUGCAACGCUGGCGUGCUAGAGAGUUUCUCAGUUCUCUGCUGUUGCUGGUUAAUCUGUCAUUUAAUCUGUUCAUACCAUGACCAACAAACCACAUUCCUGCGCCUUCUAAUUCUCUGCUUGAAGCUUGUAUGUCUUGGUUUUCUUUUCUUUUUUUUGGGUUGGGUAAUGUGUCCAAAAACACACAUCACCAUGGAUCCAUCCAUUUUGUAUCCUCCGUGGGG